UGGUAUGUUCUUUUUCUCGGGCUCUGUUAGCAGCAGCCGCCGCCGCCGCCCUGUGAUUUCUGGCCUUACCUCCUCCUUCUACUCUUGCUGAGCCACUUUUCCUCGUAGUGCUAUGACCGUCGUUUCUGUCCCACAGCGGGAGCCGCUUGUUCUGGGCGGCAGCCUUGCGCCCAUGGGUUUUUCCACCCGCGGUUACUUCGGGGCCCUCCCGAUGGUUACUGCUCCACCGCUUUUGCCCCGGAUCCCGGACCCACGGGGGCUGCCCCCCACUCUCUUCCUCCCUCACUUCUUAGGGGGAGACGGUCCCUGUCUGACCCCUCAUCCUCGCGCCCCGGCACCUCUGCCCAACUGCAGCCUCGCCACGGCGGGGGGCACCCCUCGGGCAGCACCAAAGAAGCGGCGAAAGAAGAAGGUGCGGGCCAGCCCGUCGGGGCAGCUUCCCAGCCGCUUCCACCAGUACCAGCAGCACCGGCCGAGCCUGGAGGGCGGGCGGAGCCCCGCGACGGGCCACGGCGGAGCGCAGCAAGUCCCGGACCAGGCCCAGGCCGCCGCCUGGGCCCCGGCUCCUGCGACCGCAGCUCGAACUGAGGAAGCGAGCCCUUUCCCUGGCUCGCUGCCGCCCGCGGCGCCCGGCCAACCCUCGUUCAGUAGAGAGGUUUUAAAAUCAAAGAUGGGAAAAUCGGAGAAAAUUGCCAUUCCCCACGGCCAGCUUGUUCAUGGUAUACACUUGUGUGAACAACCAAAGAUAAACAGACAGAAAAGCAAAUAUAACUUACCACUAACCAAGAUCACCUCUGCAAAAAGAAAUGAAAAUAACUUUUGGCAGAAUUCUGUUUCAUCUGAUAUAAUUCAGAAGCAGGAAAAAAAGCCUUUUAAAAAUACUGAGAAUAUUAAAAAUAAGCAUUUGAAGAAAAAAAAAAGACAGACCCUUGCAGUGAUUGUACUCAGCUCUGAAUUAUCAGAAUCCCUAAAACUGAGAUUGUUAAUAUUCUUGCCAGAAGCAAACCAAAACUCUCUUUGGAAAAAGAUAUUGUCUUCCUAG